AGCUCCAAUGUAAACAGCAGGCAGGGGCCUGAUUCACUGGCCGCUGGGGCCAGGAUUGGGGGGUGGGGGUGCCCACAAGGCUUGACUGGUGGGGUUUGGGGGGGCGUGGGUGCCAGGAGCCCUGGGCUCGUGGCUGCUGCCCGGCGAGCACCAAGCAGCCCUGUGCAGUGGGGGAGGCGGCGGCAGCCGGCUCGGUGGCCCUGGGCCGCGUGGCCCGGUGGUGGCAGUGGCGGCGGCAGAGGAGCCAUGGUUUCUAAGCUGAGCCAGCUGCAGACGGAGCUCCUGGCGGCCUUGCUCGAGUCGGGCCUGAGCAAAGAGGCGUUAAUCCAGGCCUUGGGUGAGCCGGGACCCUACCUGGUGGCUAGCGAGGCCCCCCUGGACAAGGGGGAGCUGGCCGAAGCGCCCAAUGGGCUCGGUGAGACACGGGGCUCGGAGGAGGAGACGGACGAUGAUGGCGAGGACUUCACGCCGCCCAUCCUCAAGGAACUGGAGAACCUGAGCCCCGAGGAGGCAGCCCACCAGAAGGCCGUGGUGGAGACCCUGCUGCAGGAGGACCCAUGGCGCGUGGCCAAGAUGGUCAAGUCCUACCUGCAGCAGCACAACAUCCCGCAGCGGGAGGUGGUCGACACCACCGGCCUCAACCAGUCCCACUUGUCCCAGCACCUCAACAAGGGCACCCCCAUGAAGACACAGAAGCGAGCGGCCCUGUACACCUGGUACGUCCGCAAGCAGCGAGAGGUGGCCCAGCAGUUCACCCAUGCAGGGCAGGGAGGGCUGAUUGAGGAGCCCACGGGCGAUGAGCUGCCCACCAAGAAGGGGCGGAGGAACCGUUUCAAGUGGGGUCCUGCGUCGCAGCAGAUUCUGUUCCAGGCCUACGAACGGCAGAAGAACCCCAGCAAGGAGGAGCGGGAGACACUGGUGGAGGAGUGUAACAGGGCGGAGUGCAUCCAGAGGGGGGUGUCGCCCUCACAGGCCCAGGGGCUGGGCUCCAACCUCGUCACGGAGGUACGGGUCUACAACUGGUUUGCCAACCGGCGCAAGGAAGAAGCUUUUCGGCAUAAGCUGGCCAUGGACACGUACAGUGGGCCGCCACCGCCAGGGCCAGGGCCAGGGCCUGGGCCGGGGCCAGCGCUGCCUGCCCACAGCUCCCCGGGCCUGCCCCCACCUGCACUCUCCCCCAGCAAGGUCCACGGCGUGCGCUACGGACAGCCUGCAACUAGUGAGGCUGCAGAGGUUCCUUCUAGCAGUGGGGCGCCCCUGGUGACCGUGUCUACACCCCUGCACCAAGUGUCCCCCACAGGCCUGGAGCCCAGCCACAGCCUGCUGAGCACCGAAGCUAAGCUCGUCUCAGCAGCCGGGGGCCCCCUACCACCUGUCAGCACCCUGACAGCAUUGCACAGCCUGGAGCAGACGUCCCCAGGCCUCGGCCAGCAGCCCCAGAACCUCAUCAUGGCUUCCCUGCCCGGGGUCAUGACCAUAGGGCCUGGGGAGCCUGCCUCCCUAGGCCCCACGUUCACCAACACCGGUGCCUCCACCCUGGUCAUUGGCCUGGCCUCCACACAGGCGCAGAGUGUGCCGGUCAUCAACAGCAUGGGCAGCAGCCUGACCACCCUGCAGCCAGUACAGUUCUCCCAGCCGCUGCACCCUUCCUACCAGCAGCCACUCAUGCCACCAGUGCAGAGCCACGUGGCCCAGAGUCCCUUCAUGGCCACCAUGGCCCAGCUGCAGAGUCCCCACGCCCUCUACAGCCACAAGCCUGAGGUGGCCCAGUACACUCACACGGGGCUACUUCCCCAGACCAUGCUCAUCACGGAUACCACCAACCUGAGCGCCCUGGCCAGCCUCACACCCACCAAGCAGGUCUUCACCUCUGACACAGAGGCCUCUAGUGAGUCUGGGUUGCAUGCUCCGGCGUCCCCGGCCACCACCAUUCACAUCCCCAGCCAGGACCCUGCUGGCAUUCAGCACCUGCAGCCCACCCACCGGCUCAGCACCAGCCCCACAGUGUCCUCCAGCAGCCUGGUGCUGUAUCAGAGUUCUGACUCCACCAACGGCCACAGCCACCUGCUGCCCUCCAACCAUGGCGUCAUCGAGACCUUCAUCUCCACGCAGAUGGCUUCCUCCUCCCAGUAACCAUGGCAACUGCCUCCCAGCGGCUGAGCCCUGGGACAGCACUGCCUGCUUAGGGGGCCGUACAAAGGCUGCGGCCCGCAUGGCUUGCAGGGACCUCUGAACCUGUCGCCCUUCUGCUGCUCCAGG